GAGAGGGGGGUGCACCGCCGGCCAGGCCUCCUGUUCCCACGGCAGCGAAGCGUGCUGCCAUGGCGCUGGCCGGGCCAGGGACCCAGGACCCCAGGCCCUCAGCCCCUUUCUUGCUGCUGCUGCUGCUCGGGGCCCCUGCCCUCACCCUCGCCCUCGCCCUCCUGGACGGAACAGUGACAGCGCAGACCCCAAGUGCCUGCACCUCAGACCCGUGUGCUCCAGGGACCCAGUGCCAGGCCACAGGGAGCGGCGGCUACACCUGCAGGCCCUCGGAGCCCCAGGGCUGUGCCGUGCAGCCCUGCUACCACGGCGCUUUGUGUGUGCCCCAGGGCCCAGGUCCCAGGGACUUCCGCUGCUACUGUGUGCCCGGGUUCCAGGGCCCACGCUGCGAGCUGGACAUCGAUGAGUGUGCGUCCCGGCCCUGCUACCACGGGGCCACUUGCCACGACCUGGCUGAUCGCUACGAGUGCCACUGCCCCCUUGACUAUGCAGGCGUGAACUGCGAGGUGGAGGUGGACCAGUGUGCCUCGGCGCCCUGUCUGCACGGGGGCUCGUGCCUGGACGGCGUGGGCUCCUACCGCUGCGUGUGCACGCCGGGAUACGGGGGCACCAGCUGCCAGCUGGACCUGGACGAGUGCCAGAGCCAGCCGUGCGAGCACGGGGGCGUGUGCCAUGACCUGGUCAACGGGUUCCGGUGCGACUGCUCGGACACUGGUUACGAGGGCGUGCGCUGCGAGCAGGAAGUGCUGGAGUGCGUGUCAAUGCCCUGCGCGCACAACGCGUCCUGCCUCGAGGGCCUCAGGAGCUUCCGCUGCCUCUGCUGGCCAGGCUACAGUGGUGACCUGUGCGAGGUGGACGAGGACGAAUGUGCCUCAGGCCCCUGCCAGCACGGGGGCCAGUGCCUGCCGCGCUCGGACCCGGCCCUCUACGGGGGUGCCCAGGCCGCCUUCUCCGGCGCUUUCAGCUUCCGCGAUGCUGCCGGCUUCCUAUGCCGCUGCCCUCCGGGCUUCGAGGGGGACGACUGCGGUGUGGACGUGGACGAGUGUGCUUCAGGGCCAUGCCUCAGUGGAGGCCGCUGCCAGGACCUGCCCAACGGCUUUCAGUGCCACUGUCCGGAUGGCUACACAGGCCUGACGUGCCAGGAAGAUGUGGACGAAUGUCUGUCCGAGCCCUGCCUCCAUGGCGGGGCCUGCGACAACAUCGUGGCGGGCUACCUCUGCCGCUGCCCCGAGGCCUGGGGCGGGCGUGACUGUUCCGUGCAGCUCACCGGCUGCCAGGGCCACACUUGCCCACCGGCUGCCACCUGCACCCCUACCUUCGAGUCUGGAGUUCACAGCUAUGUCUGCCACUGCCCGCCUGGUUCCCACGGACCCUCGUGUGGCCAGAACACCACCUUCUCGGUCGUGGCCGGGAACCCUGUGCGGGCGUCGGUGCCAGCCGGCGUCCACCUGGGUCUGGCCCUGAGGUUUCGCACCACGCUGCCUGCUGGUUCCUUGGCCAUUCGCAGUGACAGGCAGGACAGCUUGAAGCUGGAGCUGGCACUGGCAGCGGCCACACUUCAGGCCACGCUCUGGAGUCACGGUAAUGCUGUACUUGUCCUGAGGCUGCCAGACCUGUCCCUAAAUGAUGGCCAGUGGCACCGAGUGGAGGUGACACUUGGCCUCGGGAUCCUGGAGCUGCGGCUCUGGCACGUGGACUGCCCUGCCCAGCUCUGCGUGGCCUCCAGUUCUGCGACCCCGGCUCCUGCCGCCUCCACCGCCGUGCCGCCUGCCGGGUCCUGCUCUGUCCAGCUGGGUGGCGUGGCCUUUGCGGGCUGCCUCCAGGAUGUACAUGUGGACGGGCACCUCCUGCUGCCUGAAGAUCUUGGGGAAAACGUCCUCCUGGGCUGCGAGCGCCGUGAGCAGUGUCAGCCUCCACCCUGCGCCCACGGUGGGGCCUGUGUGGACCUGUGGACCCACUUUUACUGUGACUGUCCCCGGCCCUACAGUGGUCCCACAUGCGCUGAUGAGGUUCCUGCUGCCACGUUUGGCCUGGGGGGCACCCCGAGCUCCGCAUCCUUCCUGCUCCACCAGCUGCCAGGCCCCAACCUCACUGUGUCCUUCCUCCUGCGCACUCGGGAGCCCGCUGGCCUGCUGCUCCAGCUUGCCAAUGACUCAGCAGCUACCCUGACCGUGUUCCUGAGUGAGGGCCAGGUCUGGGCCGAGGUGCUGGGCAGUCCUGCUCUGGUGCUUCCCGGGCCCUGGGACGAUGGGCUCCGCCACCUCGUGACUCUCAGCUUCGGGUCCGACCAGCUGCAGGGCUUGACGCAGCAGGUGCAUGUAGGCGGGCGACUCCCCCCUGCCGAUGCCCAGCCCUGGGGGGGGCCCUUCCGAGGUUGCCUCCAGGAUCUGCGACUCAAUGGCCUCCAGCUCCCCUUCUUCCCACCUCCACCGGGGAACUCAAGCCAGCCCAGGGAGCUGGGCAGCAGGCAGUCCUGGAACCUCACCGUGGGCUGUGUCUCCGAGGACAUGUGCAGUCCUGACCCCUGUCUCAAUGGUGGGACUUGCCUGGUCACCUGGAAUGACUUCCACUGCACCUGCCCUGCCAACUUUACAGGGCCCACGUGUGCCCAGCAGCUGUGGUGUCCUGGCCAGCCCUGCGUCCAGCCUGCCACCUGCGAGGAGGUCCCUGGUGGCUUUGUCUGUGUGGCGGAAGCCACGUUCCGAGAGGGCCCUCCGGUCGCAUUCAGUGGACACAACGCAUCCGCGGAGGGUGAACUCAGUGGUCUCUCUCUCGCCUUCCGCACGCGCGAUCCCGAGGCCGGGCUCCUGCGCGCCACCGCGGGCGCCCUCGCAGCUGUCUGGCUGGCCGUGCGCAACGGCUCGCUGGCGGCCGGCGUGCGCAGCGGCCGCGGCCUGCCGAGUGCGGUGCUGCCCGCGCCCAGGCCGCACGUGGCCGACGGCGCCUGGCACCGCGUGAGCCUGGCCAUGGAGCGCCCUGCAGCCCCGGCAUCGCGCUGGCUGCUGUGGCUGGACGGUGCGGCAACGCCCGUGGCGCUGCACGGCCUGGCCGGUGACCUGUCCUUCCUGCGCGGCCCGGGCGCGGCGCGCGUCCUGCUGGCGGAGAACUUCACCGGCUGCCUGGGCCGCGUGGCGCUCGGAGGCCUCCCGCUGCCCCUGGCGCGCCCGCGCCCCGGCGCCACCCCCGGGUCCGGAGGGCACUUCUCGGCCUGGCCCGGAGCGCCGGCCCCGCACCUCGGCUGCCGCGGGGAGCCCGUGUGCGUCUCCUCGCCCUGCCUGCACGGCGGCGCCUGCCGCGACCUCUUCGACGCCUUCGCCUGCGCCUGCGGCCCGGGCUGGGAAGGCCCGCGCUGUGAGGCCCGCGCCGACCCGUGCCGCUCGGCCCCCUGCGUCCGCGGCCGCUGCCAGGCGCACCCCGACGGCCACUUCGAGUGCCGCUGCCCGCCGGGCUUCGCGGGACCGCGCUGCAGGUGGCCUGUUGUGCCAGAGGAAUGCAGCCUGAACAUCACCUGCCUUGCUGGCGGCCCCUGUGAGGAUGGGCCUCGGGGUGUCAACUGCAGCUGCCAGGAGGGCUUUGCUGGCCAGAGGUGUCAGAUCUCCUGUGAAACCAACCCCUGCUUGAACGGGGGCACCUGCCGGGUGGCGGGCGGCGUGUAUGAAUGCAUCUGCAGCCCGAGGUUCUCUGGCCAGUUCUGCCAAGUGGUGAAGAGCCUGCCGCUGCCGCUGCCAUUCCCGCUGCUGGAGGUGGUGGUGCCCGCAGCCUGCGCCUGCCUCCUCCUCCUCCUCCUGGGCCUCCUCUCAGGGAUCCUGGCGGCCCGGAAGCGCCGCCAGUCAGAGGGUACCUACAGCCCAAGCCAGCAGGAGGUGGCCGGGGCCCGGCUGGAGAUGGACAGAGUCCUCAAGGUGCCGCCCGAGGAGAGACUCAUCUAGGCCUCCCUGGCUACCGGCUCCAGCACUGUGAGGUCAUGAACAGUUUCUGCCUGGACGCCAGAGGAAGCCCCUUCCAGGAGCCAGCAGGGAAGUGGCCCCCCCACCGGCCUGGGGGAGCUGCUGCAGGGCACAGGGUACCUGCUGGGGAAGUGUCCUCUUUGCUGGCAGCCCCUGCCUCUGUCCCUCUGAGGAGGGAGGAAGAGGGGACCACUCAGGGCAGCAGAGGGGCCGGGCGAGGGGUGCAGCUGUGCAGGCAGGGCACACGUGCACAGGGUGUGUCCAGGGUGUGUGUGUGUGCACCUGGGACUGUUGGUCUGCAGACACCGGUGUGUGUGUGGGGGGCUGGGCUUGAGGGCACACCCAUGUUUUUGCUGUGUGUGCACAACUGUGGUGGGCCAGGCCAUCCCAUGGAGUGGGGAGGCUGGGUUGUGGGGACCACUGCACAGCUAUGGGGAGGGGCAACCCAAGGCUGCACUGCUUCUAGAGGCCAGGCUGGGGCUUGCCGAAGGAGGGGGCCCCGGUUCCCAAAUCUCCCACCUCUGGGGGCUGCCCCUCCCCGGGUCGGAGGCCGAGGGGAAUAAGGGAGACUGUAGCCAGAGGCCACAUGGACUCCUGGCUCCCAGAACAGAUGAUGCUUUGGGCAGACGAGCCUCUGCCUUGAGCCGGAGCCAGGCCCCUCAGGAACACAGAUGAUAGCCAGGGCGGAGGGAGGUACAGAGAGCAGAGCACAGGCUGCCCAGGGUGUGUGGGGGUCUGCAGCCCCUCCUCGGGGUCUGGCAUCUGUAGGUAGAGCGGGGAAGGUGGCCCUGUGCACCCCACUGGGCUGCUGUGAGCAUCUGUGGUAGGGAUGAGAACUUGACGUCAUUAAAUGCUGGCCCGCUGGGAAGGGCUGUCCGGUCAUCCUUUUAGAAGUCAGGAGUUGAAGGAAAGAUGGGGGGUGGGGGUAGGGCCUCCCUGGGUGCUGAGGAUGAAGGAACGACCCCUCUCCCACCCCACCCAGCCCUCCCGCCUCUGGGUUCUCCAGCCCCUCCGGAGCCAGUGCUUCCCUCUGAAGCCUCCGCGGAGACACUCCUCCGCCUGCAGGCAGUCCCCUCUGUGCCUGGCCGCUGGAGGAUGGGGUGGACUCCAGGAAGCUCUUGGCUGCGAGCCGAGGAUGCUGGCACCACCGGGCCGGCUGCUCCUGCAGACAGACACACGCAGGAAGAACCCGCUGCUUUGCCUCCGUCUCCUCCUCUGUGGUGCCAUCACGCUGGGACCUCUGAUCCCUGAGGGCACCUGCCUCCGGGCACAAACUUCCAGGUGUCCCCUGAACUUGCUCCUUCCUGGAGCCUUGGAGCCCUCAGUGCCACUGGUGACUGGUGACCUGCAGCGCUGCUCUGUGGACCCAGCAGGCCUAUGACUAGCUCACCCGAUGCCUUGCUUGGGAGGGGAGGGGCCCGUUUGGGCUCAGAGGCCCCAGUGGGAACAGGCUUGAGUGGGCCAGGGGCAGACCUCCCCUCGCUGCCCCGGGCCCUGGCCCUGCCUCUACAGAGGGGUGCUGAAGAUGGCUGGGGCCUCCCUCACCCCGACUUCCUCAAGGACACAGGGAUACCAGACUUCUCCCCAAGAAGGUUUUAUUGAACACAUACACACUUCCUUGGGUUUGCAAGUUCACCCUGGCACGCUAAGAGAUGGCAGUGCCACCAGAUGCCACAGGGUCAGAGAUCAAGGGGUGGGCUGUCUCACCCCCAGCAGUGAUCAGGGGCCUGCCUGGGAUGGGUGGGCCUGGGGUCUGUUUGGAAACACCCGAGUGUCCUGGAGGUCCCUGCAGGCCUGGAUAUGGGGCACCUCCCCCGCCUCCACCCUGUCGGAGCAGACCUCAGGGCCAGACCUCCACCCGGGGGGUGGCCUCCAGCCCCUCAGUUACUAGGGUUCCCUGGGGUCUGGGGACCUCCAUGAAGCCCUUGCCCUGUCGGACACCUCUGCGACUGUCUG